UAUUGCUUACUUCUCUUUAAUAAAUCCAAGGGUUGUUGAUCAUCAUUUGAUUAUUACUUGCAUUAUCCUUUCUCAAUGGUGUUGUAUACCACAAAGUCCAGACCAUUUUAAAAGUCAAAUUCAAUUAUUUACCGGGGUUGCACUUUCAAGAUGUAUAGAUAUCGCUUCAAAUCUUAACCCAAAAUGCCCGAACAUGAUGAUUGAUAACUCAAAAGAGAGAAUCGAAGUUCGUAUAUUAUUAACAAUAUAUUGUUGUUGUCGCUCGCUAGAGUUUCCAUUACCCAAGUACAAGAUUCUCCCAUGGUCCGAUAACUAUGAGAAAGCUGUUGAUAUAUUAUUGUCUUCAAAUAAAAUGAAUGGAUUCCCAAAAAGACAAGAAAGAUAUAUUUGUUACUUUUCCAAGAUUGUUCAUUUAGUUCAAGAAAUGUUAGAAGUUCAAUCUCUCACUUUGAAAGUUUCAACAGACUCAAGCGAUGAUUCAGAUCCAAUGUUUCAAAGAAUGUGGGGUCCUGGACCAAGUUCAACAAUUGGGAUAAAGUCUAUUCUAGAGGCGUAUGAAAAAAAAUUACAUCAGACUUUUGCUGAUAGUGGAUUCAUGGUUGACGAUCAGAAGUCUGGUAGAAUUCCAAAGGAAAAGUACAUACUUUCUUUAAUGUAUUAUCAAGCAUUAAUGAUUGUUUACGAUAAUUUAAUUAGUGGAUAUCUAUAUAGCAAAAAAGCAGCAUUCAUGCAACCUGAAUCAAGCUCAAUCUUUAACGAAAUGAAUUCAUUAGCUUGUAUGAGAGACAUUGUCAAAUUGAUAAAGCUUACAGAGAAUCUUUUGAAUUCGUUUAUCAUGCUAUGUGAAGAAACGAUAAAUUUACCAACUUAUUUCUUUUAUAGGGCAUUGCGGGCAUUGGUCACUCUUAUUAGAAUGCAGUUGUUAAUGAAAUCACAGAUAUUUUCCAAUACUGCCCCCAAUAAUAGUGAAUUGAAUGGCAAUGUGGAGUCCUAUUUCGAAAAAUUAACAUCUAUAGUAAAUGACGGCGUGACAAAACACGAUCUGUAUAACCUAAGAAACAUCAGUCCCAUAUUGCAUAAAAUUUCGAUUUGGAUUAAAGUAUGCAAUGGCUAUAAUACUAAUACAUCAACAACCGACCAAAACAAUGGAACAAAUAAAUGCAAUGCCAACGUUGAUUUUAUAAAACUUACUGAUAUGAGUAAGGAUACAGAAAUCCAAAAUUUGGGACUUCCAAAAACUAAAGAUUCCAGUAAGUGUCUUACCAAGAGAAGAAGACUAGACAAUCAUGUUUCUUUAGUGCGUCUACAAGGGUCCAGUCAAAGUAAUAUGCAACAGAUUUCAAAAGCUAAUAACGUCCUGGACUUGGUAAACCCCGAGAGCCCUGUUUCUCAAUCGCUCGGAGUUGAUGAAUAUGCUAAAUCGCCAAAGGGCCCAUUUUUAUCGAGAUUUAUAGAUGACCCCGCAGAUGCUACAAACAGUUUAAACACCUUCUCUAUUCAAGAAAUUUUCAGGGAAAUCGACACCGAUGUCUUGAGUUUUUUGGAUCCGGUAGAUCAAUCUAAUUUUAACGAUGGAAUUAAUUUUCCAUUUGAAGCAGACGAACAAUUCACUACAAACUGAUAUUAUAAAUGAAAUAUUAAAUAAAAAUGCAUAGUCACG